AGGUGAUAACCCUGUUCAAUGGCGAUGACGACGCGCAAUUGCACCUUUGUAUCCUUAGAAAAUUAGAAAAUAUAUUUAGGUCUUCGUUACUUUCGAUCCUACUUGAAAACUGUACAUCGACAACAGGAUCUGUCGCGAACGGCUGAGAAAUGAGUUCGGGACAGUCUUCGAGCUUGGUAAUCCCUCAGAAAUCCGAUUGCAUGUACACGGCAUGUUACUGCGAAGAAAAUAUUUGGCAAUUAGCAAAGCUGAUACUAGAAGUAAAUAAAUCCACACCAAACAUGAAAUGUUAUGUUAUAUUUGUGUCAAACUAUAAUAAAUGCGUACACCUGUGGAAUCAAAACUGUAGCCAUAAUGAAGGGCUUGUAUUUUGGGAUUAUCACGUGUUUUUGAUUGUUCAGCAUCUUGAUAAAACUCUGGUUUUUGAUAUGGAUACUAGAUUGCCAUUCCCUGUUCCUUUCUCACAAUAUGCUAAGGAAGCUAUUAGAGAGGAAUUUAAAGAAACCGAUUCUAAACGAUAUUUCAAAGUUGUUGAUGCUGAAGUAUAUGUGGCUCAAUUUUCAUCUGACAGAAACCACAUGAUAGAACAUGAUCGUUGGAUGUCACCACCACCUCCAUAUCCACCUAUCUUAAAUAAAGAUAAAGUUCAUAAUUUGGAUAAUUUCAUUUCAAUGGAUUCUUCAAACGAAUUUGGACCAGUACUGAAUCUUGAGGAGUUCAAAGCUAGAUUUUCAUAAUGAUACUCAUUUUAUUAUAUUAUAUAAUUUGCCGUUUAAUAAAUGUUUUUCAUGACAUAUAUUCACAUAUAAAGUAUUAU